CUCACCCUGCACGUGAUUUGAUGAUGACGUCAAAAGCCGGUGCCUCUAAAGUGAAGUGACCUUGUUUAAGUCCGACAGAAGCGCCCAUCGGCCCAGAGAAGCAGCGUUUACCUGCACCGGAGAGACUUUAUCCCCGCAUAUUUUAAUCAAAAGCUGACUAUGGGAGACAUUGCCAAGGGAAAGAAGGCUUUCGUCCAGAAGUGUGCUCAGUGCCACACAGUAGAAAACGGGGGCAAGCACAAGGUCGGCCCCAACCUCUGGGGUCUGUUCGGACGCAAGACUGGGCAGGCAGCCGGCUACUCGUACACAGACGCCAACAAGAGCAAAGGUAUUGAGUGGAAUGAGGGCACCUUGAUGGAGUACCUGGAGAACCCCAAGAAGUACAUUCCUGGAACCAAAAUGAUCUUCGCUGGCAUCAAAAAGAAGGGAGAGCGCCAGGACCUCAUCGCAUACCUUAAAUCAGCAACAUCAUGAAGUAGUCAUUGAAAUCAGAAUAUUUAAUGUCAUUUUACUGUAUUUUUUGUUUUUAUUUUUAGGCUUGCACAUGCUAAAUAUGCAUUUUUAUGUUUAGUCAUUUGGACUUAAUUUAUGUUGUCUAUAGUUAGAGAAGUGGCAUUUGUUGUGAGCCAGUGAGUUCACAGCGUGUGCCACUUCAUCUUUAAGAUCAGGGUGCGAGCAAAUCGUUCAAAUGGCCAAACAUAAAACUACAGUCCAUUUAUUUAAUUUUUUUUGCGAAUCUGUACUUUAACCCUAAUAAGAAGAACAACUAAUUUCAUUAUUUAAAAUUUCUAGCAGUGAUAAGUUACUGUACCAUGACAGCACAAGUCUGGUAAUAUCUGCUAGCAAAACCAUCAACCUCAUUUAAAAAAUCAUUACUAAAGAAAAGUAACAUAACAUCGGUGUAAGUGAAACGAGGUGGAAAUCUUUGGCUUUUUGGUGAUUUAACUGGUGCUGACUCAGUCUACUUCCAGCUUUCAUGCCAAUUGGAGUUUCUAACCUUAGAAGAGCCGACAGUGGGAAUUUUCUACACUCUCUGUCGUCUAUCCUUUUAAAUAUUAGUGGUCAGAAACUACCACUUGGCAUGAAUGCUCUAAAGAUUCUUCAGACUGAACAUUUAGUCCUCUAAAACUGUUGGACGAUACCUUGUUGCAUUCAAGAACUCCUAACAGCCUGAUUAGUCAGACUACUGAAGCAGCCCCUGCCAGUCAUCACACUCGGUACGAGCUUUUAAAAAAAUGUGCUUACUGUGACUCAUUGUUAUCUCCCUCCUUGCAGCUAAGAAUUGUGGGGUACUAAUAUAUAUAUAUAUAUAUGACUGCCUUCAAAACCACCACCAUGCUGAGAUCCCACCAGUGUAAAACCAGCUGGCAAACAAUCACCAUGCCUAACUGUUGCAGAACUACUGUACUAUACAGAGAAACUAUCGUGGGCGCCACCUGGAGUGAAGGAAGGUUUUGUUAUUUACCUGGUUUCACAGGCCUGAAAGAGUAUUGUUUUUAAUUUAUUUUACUGUAAUCUGACAGACUGCAUCCGUACAAUGUUUUCAUGGGGCUGCUUGCUGUCUAUGUACACAGCGAAACACUGUAUGCACUUAAGAAAGAUAUAUUCAUAAUAAUGUUAUAGUGUACGGUUGUGGACAGGAUGGAUGAAGGAUCAAAUAAAAUAAAACGUCCAGAAAUGUGAA